AUGAAGAAAGUGUCAACUUUGAUUGUGUUACUCCUCACUGUUGCAGCCAUGAAACUAGUGAAUGGAUUCAGCUGUUUGGAAGCACAAGUUUCAAUGUUGCAAUGCUUACCUUUUUUUCUCAAUGCUGAAAAUAGCCCUUCAACUUCUUGCUGUGAUGCAGUGAGGAAUGUGAGAGCUUCAGCACCUACAAAACCUGAACUUCGUGAGGCAUGUCAAUGUCUCAAGGCAGACAUCGCUCAAUUUCCUAAACUUUUCGAUGAUAAAGUCAUUCAACUUCCUAAACUAUGUAAGGUUGAUUUCGGUUUUCCCCUCACCAAAGAUAUCGACUGUAACAAGUAA